CUUGACCCUAAACCCAAACUCACCUUUUUCAAUCAUAACGAUCUCCUUCUUCCACAUCGCACGCUAUCCCAUCCCUCUCUGUCUCUCUCUGCUCAAAUCCUGAUCUGGGUUUUGUAGACAAAGAGAAGGGAAAGCAUUUCUAUGGCUGUCUCAAGUGCCUUCGUUGCUUGCCCAAAGCUUGAGACUUUACUCAAUCAUCAUAACCAUCUAUCUUCCUCUACGACGCCGUUUGGUCUCAUUGGUGUUCAUGCUCUGCAGAGAAACAGUAGAAGCAGACGUUGUCUGAUCCAGAGAGCACGUUGCGAGCUUACUGAUUCCGCACCUAAUGUCGCAACCAUGACAGCUCUCGAACAACUCAAGAACUCUGCAGCUGACAGAUAUACAAAGGAGAGAAGUAGUAUUGUGGUGAUUGGACUUAGUAUUCACACAGCUCCUGUUGAGAUGCGUGAGAAGCUUGCUAUCCCUGAAGCUGAAUGGCCACGCGCUAUUGGUGAAUUGUGCGGUUUGAAUCAUAUUGAAGAGGCUGCUGUACUUAGUACUUGUAACCGUAUGGAGAUUUAUGUUUUGGCUCUCUCUCAGCACCGUGGAGUCAAAGAAGUCACUGAAUGGAUGUCAAAGACAAGUGGAAUUCCAGUUUCGGAGAUUUGUCAGCACCGUUUCCUUCUCUACAACAACGACGCUACCCAGCAUAUAUUCGAAGUCUCAGCUGGUCUUGACUCUCUCGUCCUAGGAGAAGGUCAGAUCCUCGCACAAGUGAAACAAGUUGUCAAAGUCGGUCAAGGAGUGAACGGCUUCGGUAGAAACAUCAGCGGGCUGUUCAAACACGCCAUAACUGUCGGAAAACGUGUCAGAACAGAGACAAACAUCGCCGCUGGAGCUGUCUCCGUCAGCUCAGCAGCUGUUGAGCUUGCUCUGAUGAAGCUUCCUGAAUCUUCACACGCCUCCGCUAGGAUGCUGAUCAUCGGUGCAGGGAAGAUGGGGAAGCUUGUGAUAAAGCAUUUGGUAGCAAAAGGUUGCACAAGGAUGGUGGUGGUGAACAGAAGUGAAGAGAGAGUUGUAGCUAUCCGUGAUGAGAUCAUCUCUGGUGUUGAGAUUUUGUAUCGACCUCUAGAUGAGAUGCUAGCUUCUGCUGCUGAAGCGGAUGUUAUUUUCACCAGCACAGCCUCUGAGACGCCGUUGUUCUUGAAGGGGGAUGUAGAGACUCUCCCUCCAGCGUGUCCUGAGAUUGGAGGAGUGAGGCUAUUCGUUGACAUCUCUGUUCCGAGAAACGUUGGUUCUUGUGUCAAUGAAGUGGAGACCGCACGUGUUUACAAUGUGGAUGAUCUCAAGGAAGUGGUUGCUGCUAAUAAAGAAGAUAGGUUGAGGAAAGCUAUGGAAGCUCAGACCAUAAUAGCAGAGGAGUCAAACCAGUUUGAAGCGUGGAGGGAUUCUUUAGAGACGGUUCCUACGAUCAAGAAGUUGAGAGCUUAUGCGGAGAGGAUCAGAACGGCAGAGCUGGAGAAGUGCAUGUCGAAAAUGGGAGAUGAUAUUAACAAGAAAACGACGAGGGCUGUUGAUGAUUUAAGCAGAGGUAUUGUGAACAGGUUCUUACAUGGUCCAAUGCAGCAUUUGAGAUGUGAUGGGAGUGACAGUAGAACGCUAAGUGAGACCCUUGAGAAUAUGCAUGCUUUGAACAGAAUGUAUGGUUUGGAAAAGGACAUUUUGGAGGAGAAGAUUAAGGCAAUGACAUCGGGACAACAAAAGUAAAAGAUUUCUUUAGACAGACAAAGGUUACAUUGAACUAGCUUCCCCUUGCAGAUCCGAGUAAAUUGCAUAGGUCCUUAAGCUGGGGAUCUAUAUGAUUCAUUUAAUUUGUGUACAAGAGACUGUUUCUUCAGCUAACAUUUUAUAUCGUCCAAGUGUUGUGAAGAUAAGUGAGUUUUGUUGCAUGUUGAGUGUAACGGUAUGGAUCCCAAGUACCGUUGCUUAUGUGUAAUGUAUACACUUUGGUUCAUACAGUAUAGAGAAAAUUGUUUUUUUUCCUUGGUUUAUUUUUUUGGCUAUGCUAUAGAUUUUUUUUGGUCAAACUGUUUUGAUUCAGUAACUUAAACGUUU